UUAUUUUCAGGUGAAUUCCCUUGGCGGUACUAAUGCUAGCCCUUACUAUUGCUAAAUUGAAGAGACAUUGUUUUCAGUUCCAAGGAACAUGGAGCAGCAGACGCCAGCUCGUCUCUAGGAGCAGCUCAAGUACCAGAAAAUGCAGGCAUUCAAGUACCUAGAUUUCCAUUCAGGAUUGCAGGACCUGUUGUAGGACCUAUCGUUUUGCAAUCUCUAGUUGUCGUAAGCAUAGUUUGAUUACAGGCGGCGAUCAGCUGAUCUGCCGAAGUUGGGGAGCGACUGCCUUCUUGAGGCAAGGCAAGAUCGUCAGGAAAGGCUGAAGACUAGGGACCCUUGCAUUACUUUCUGAACGUUCCAAGUGCCAUACAGACUAUGGCAAAGCCGAGAGGGAGCUUGCACAGGCUAAUCGACCAGAGCUCCCUCGGAAGCGCCGACUCAUUGGCCAGCCUUUCGAAGACAGAAGAGGAAACCAUUGCACAGGACAGUGAGCUGUGGGGGCACAUCAGCCGCUAUCCCAGCUACACAGACAUCCCGCUCCAUCCCCCCGCUUCUGACCAGAACCCCUCUCAGGAUGCGCCCCAGCUGGAACUCCCUGGGACAAUGGCUCCGCCGGACAUUUCGCCUUUGGAAACGUCUGAUGAAUUAGACCGCACGGGUUUUGACAAUCUGGCGGAAACGUCCGGAAGCGUGUCCCAAGACAGUAGGGUCCGGUGGGGCAAGGCGGACGUCCAAAGCGUAACACCGGGCGAUCGAAGUGCCCCAACCACGCAGAAGGCGGCUUGUCGGAUCAGUUCAGAGAGUCAAAAUUCGGGCAUCCAGACCCGGCCCCUUGAUCAGCAAGCAGCUUUCCCGGCGCGACAAUCUUCGGAGGUCCAAAUGGCGGGGUUCGAGCAGCUGCCAAAGGACACAGAGGGGAGCAGCGCAUUCGCAGCGCUCGAAACGCUGGCGAAAGUGCUGCAAGAGGCUGCAGAAAAGCAGGCUCGUGCGGAAGCGGAAGUGGUAGAGUGGAGGGCGAGGUAUGAGAGGGAGUGGCGAAGGGCGGUUGCGGCGGAGGAAAGGCUGACGAAACCAGAUGCCCAACCAGCCAACAGCGAACCGGCUACUCCGUCCUCGCCGCCCCGGGGGGGUGAUUCGCGCCCUGUUCCUUCCCCCUGCUCCUGCUACGACUCGGACAUCUGCGGACGAAGGGUCCUCCGGUCCGGCAUCGCCGGUGAAAGAGACCGAACCACGAACGGGGAUGCGUACAAUGACGGACAGCCCACUGGCGCCACCUGGCGCCACGUAGACAGCGGGCAGCAGAAGGAGGAUGCAGAGACGCGUCGGGAGUUACGAGAUGGGGACAAGGAAGGCCUGCCUCGGAAGGCACAUUUCAAGCUCGCGUGGCGGUCUGCCGACGGGGUUGAGACCACGCAUCGGCAUCGGCAUGAGAUUGUGUCGUACGAACGGGGCAACAUCUCAAACAUGGCCAGGAGUAACAAACAGGUGGCGCUCAUCUGGGAGAGUCCUCCCCAGGCGGUCCUCAUUGUGCGCAAGCCCAACUCCCCCAGGGUUAGCAAGAUGGUUAAGGAGGUGGUCACGUGGUUAACCGGUGUAAAACACCUCACGGUUGUGCUGGAGCCGCCAGCAUACCGAGAGCUGCUCGAGGAGGGGGGUCCCAGCGAGCGGGUAGAAACGUGGCAAGAAGAGGACGAGCUGCUCUACUUGCACCAGAGGGUCGAUCUUGUGGUGACUCUCGGGGGCGACGGCACGGUCCUAUGGGCGUCGUCCCUGUUCAAAGGCCCUGUCCCGCCCGUGGUCUCCUUCGCCAUGGGCUCGCUCGGCUUCCUCACGCCCUUCCCCAUCGAGCGGUACCAAGAGUGCCUCUCCUCCCUGCUCAAAGGGCCUAUCUACCUGACGCUGCGCAAUCGGAUCCAGUGCCGAAUUCUUAAAAACAGCGCGAAUGAGACGCAUCUACACGAGGGGCGCGAGCCGUCGUUCGAAAGACUCGUGCUCAAUGAGGUGGCAAUCGACAGGGGAAUGUCCUCCUUCUUGACGAACCUGGAGUGCUACUGCGAUGGGGACUUUAUGACUACGGUACAAGGGGACGGGCUAAUUGUAUCGACCCCCUCUGGCUCCACCGCCUACUCCCUAUCGGCGGGCGGCUCCAUGGUGCACCCGCAGGUCCCCGGCAUCCUGUUCACGCCCAUCUGCCCCCACUCGCUCUCCUUCCGGCCGCUCAUCCUCCCCGAGUACGUCUGCCUCCAAGUACAAGUACCGUUCGAAACGCGCGGCCAGGCGUGGGCGUCAUUCGACGGGCGGGACAGGCGGCAACUAUGCCCGGGGGACUCCCUCGUCCUAGAAAUGUCGCACUGGCCGGUGCCCGCUGCGUGCCGAGAGGACCCGACUCAAGACUUCCUAAAUAGUGCCCGGGAGAAUCUGCAUUGGAACCUGCGUAAGAUGCAGGAGUGAGGGGCGCUUGACCCAAUUACAUGGCUAAUUGCACUUCGUCCAACAUUGAUUUGUCUCCUUGUACAUAUUCGCGGAAGGAGAUCCUGUACAGUCAUUUUUGCACAGGCACAAGGACUUACUUGUGCAAACCUUCCAAUUGAAUGGGCGCGCUCAGGAAUACGAGGUUUUUGGCAACGUUGGGCUCGCAAGCAGCUGAUAAAAGUCGUCGAAGCGGCAAUCGAAGAAACUUAUUGUAUCUUCUACCUGAAACAAGCUGUUAUGUCAACACCGCGGUCCGCAGAUAACUAAGACUUCUAAAAUACUCCAAAGGAGAGCGAAUUGAUUUGUAUUCAAUAGACAUCAAACUUAUAGGAAUUUGCGGGCAGGCCACCUUCAUUCAGAUUUCGAUCACACAGCUUUUAAGGUCAUCCAUGAGAUCAUGUCCUCCGAUCCCGACUAGCUUUUCAGAAAUAUUGAGGGGACACGUCUGUACAAACGCGUGCAUAAGCGGGCC